ACUUGAGGACGUGGUGUACGAUGAUUUGGGGGCACCUUCCAACCACUGAAUACUGAUAAUGACGUCUGGCAGUCCGAGUGAAAUUAUCUGAAUAAAUWCUAAUUGUUAUGAUAUGACAUGGCUUGAAACGAUAUUGUUAUUUGUUAGAUUAAAUUACAUAAGUUGGUGACAAAUGACGAUGAYACAUUUCAGGUACAUAAAAAAAUAACUCAAAUACAUAAUACAUUCGUUAUUUAUACUAUAUGUUGUUCGGCGUUAAAAAGUGUACAUGAGUGUUUCUACUAAAAAUGAUUUCCAAGACGCUUUUAGUUACUUUUUCUAUUCUUGUAGUAUUGUGUCUUAAAUCAUUGUCACAAUAUGCACCAGCACCGCCUGGUGUGAAUCCACAAUUGUAUCAGCAACAGCAACAAGUACCUAUUCAACAUUUACCUCCACAACAAAACGUUCCUCACCAAGUACCUUAUCAACAGCAACCGCCUUCACCGCCAUCGCCUCAGCAGCAGCAGCAACAUCAUCAACAACAACAACAACAACCACCAUUGAAUCAUGGUCACAGUUCCCAAGGACAUCAACCCCAUGCACAACAAGUAUUACAUAAUCCAAAUUUAGCAGAAGAAAGCGAGCACAUAAAAAAACAUUUAGAUAUACCAACAUUAGACACAAGCAAAAUGUCUGAGCAAGAAUUACAAUUUCAUUAUUUUAAAAUGCAUGAUGCAGAUAAUAACAAUAAAUUGGAUGGAUGUGAACUUAUCAAGUCUCUUAUACAUUGGCAUGGUAAUUACUAAUUGAUUACAAGUGUUGGAAAUGG